ACCACAACAACCACAGCGACACGACUCCCGCGCAUUGCUUGCAGCUCGCUAUUUCGAACGCCAGCUUACAAGGCCACCGAAGUGAACAAUCUCUUCUGCGAACAAUAUCACUCCCGGAAAUUCCUGCGCUCAUCGCACCCGUCCCAUGGCGCGCCUCAACGAGCCUCUCGUGGCUCCUGAUGGCCUCGAGAUACUGCGACGGAGGUUUCUCCGCCAGAAUAGAGACAUCGCGCGAAUCAAUUCUACCCAGUCGCUGAGAAUACGUAGCUUGGAGAACGAGUGUGCCCGCAUGCUAUCAGAGAACCUCCAGCUUCGUGGACGGAUACUGCAUCUUGAGUCAGAGAUUCGCGAGAGUAGCGCGCAACGAAUCGCCGACCAUGCGAUGGAAAUCAAAGAGAAGAUGGAGGCGCAGCUCCUCGAAUGGGGCACCAUGCUCGCCAGCCUGGGCAGCGAGCCUCUGCCACGGAACAGAUCGCCACGCGCACACAAGAAGCCAAGACUGCAGCCCAGCCCUAGGCGGAGCAGCGGGUUCCAGUGGCAGCGACGCGAGCCGACAGCUGAAGUGAUGCGAGAAAUGGAGGAUGCCGCCCACCAAGAGGGUAGGCUGGCACCAAUCUGGGAAAACAAGCCUUGCCCGCGAGGGACCCUCAAUCGUGAGGAGAUCCUAGCUUUAUGCGACGUUACCGACGAGACCAGCGAACCGGACCUUGGUCCGCCCCCAACCUCGAGAUACACGCAGCAGGACCCCGUAAAGCUCGACCUACCUACACGAUCAGUCCAGACCGCGAUGGAGGCAGCUUUGGUUGACGAAUCCAUGGGCGAACCAAGCGUUACAAAGAUGAUCGAACGUGGUGUCUCUCAAAUCACGGGUCCCACCGUGAAGAAAUCGGAAUCUGGCGCCACUGUACGCCUUGCCGAGGCAGACGAAUCGAAGUCGACACUGAAGAGGAAAGCCAGGACAGACGAGGAGCGAGAGCUCGUGGAGUCUCAACAACCACUCGAAGCGACGCCUGCUUUGCUGAACUCUACAGGCCUGAAGGAUUCUUACAUUGGCAAUAGCCAACCCAGCCGGCCCAUUAAGAGUCUCCCCCUGGGCAAGAAAGACAACAAGUCGCAGGUCUUGCCCGCUACGACCGCCGGAAGCCAGCGAAAACCCUUGGGCGCGAAGAACAGCAAUGAUUCUCUCAAGUCUCCAAAGAAGAUGGGAAAGCCAGCGGCUUUGGACGAGAUUACGAAGGCGAAGGCAGAUGCGAAAUGGUCCGAAUCUGGCAAGCCACGACCGAAAGCCAAGAGAGACGCUUCAAUGAGCACACCAAUUCAGAUCCCAGCCCCAGCCCUUCACGAAGCGCCGGUUGUAAGUGUGUCUGUUGAUUCGUCGACGCUGCUCAACACCGAACCAAAUCUGAACACGCCGUUUUCUCCCGAGUCGGCUGCUUCGCGAGAGGACGCGAAGGACACGCCGCCCCCAGCUCACAUAUCGUGCCUGGGCGAGACAGCGCGGGCAAGCCGAAGAGCGCGCCCUGCAGUCAGUUAUGCCGAACCGAACCUGAGGGACAAGAUGCGACGACCGACGAAGGAACUUUUUGACGCUGUCUCGGGAGAGGGCAAGAACAUCCGCCGACACAGCCAGUCGAAGCGAGAUGACCUGCCGUCCGCCCUUGGAGCGAUUUCGAUCUCGGCAUCAACCGAGAAGAGCCAAAUUUGGAGGGACUUCCCACAAAGCCACAUCACUGAUGCGACAGAUGCAAACCCGGCUGCUGGUAUUGCGGCAAGCCCUCUCGCCACAAAGGUGGCGAAGGGGGUUGCAGCUGAUGGAUUACCUAUCUCACUUGCAACGGAGAGGAAAAUGCGCGCUUCUGAAGGGGCCGUCGGGCCGCAGUCGAUGUCGGAAUCAAAAACGAAAUCUGGUGCUCAGCGCGCGGAAGAGAACGGACAAGACGUAUAUGACUUCCCGGCCACCACCCCCGAGGACGAUGGCAAAUAUGUUGGGCACGACCGCGAAGUCGCCAAGAAGACCGGAGGCAGUCGGCACUCGCGAGCGCGGCGCCUCUCCUCGAUUCCUGGGGAAGAAUCGACCAACUCUGGUUCCGACGACACAAGAUCUGCAAAGGCCAGCGACGGCAAGGCCGCCGCACGCAAGAGAGCAUCUAUGGCAGCCCCCAAGAAGUCCAAGAUGAGCCUUGGAUCGUCGGACCAAGACUCCCAAACAGACGGUGACAGCCAGGCUAGCAUCCUCAGCACGUCCUCAAAUGAAGCCGCCGAUUCCGCGCUGAAGGACCGCGGUGCCUUGCGGCGAAGAAGCAUGAUGUUGUAAGGGGAUAUGUGCAGCAGAGGCAUUUUUGGACAUGACACGACUCUUCACGACCGCUUACGACGUUACCCGUUGGUUCGCACUUUGUCAUUUUGCGCUCCAUUUCUGACGAAGCGAGUUUCUCUAUUCUGUUGUUUGCAUUAGCGUUCGCCCCAGCGACUGCCGCGAAAAAGUCACUAGGAUGCUCCUCGAGAGACUUUUAGGCGUUGAGUUUUAUAUGUAGCAUUGAAUACCCUUUACUUGAC